AUGUGGGCGCGGGAGCUGCAGCUCCAGCAGCAGCUGGCGGCCCUGCGGCAGCAGCUGCAGGCGGCCGAGGCGGAGAACCAGCGCCUCCGAGGCGAGCUAGCGCGUGCGAGCAUUACGCCAUCUGAUGGCGGUUCCGCGGAGCUUGCGCGGCGCCUGGAAGUCUGUGAGGCGGAGCUGAGCCGCCGCGAGGUGGUGACCCGGGCGGAACUGGAGCAACGCCUGGCGCAGGAGCGACGACACUUUGAGGCCGAGCUGAGGCGACUUUGGGCAGCCCUCAGCUCUGCCGGGCCAACCCCGGCGCCUGCUAGCCCCGCCCGAAACGCGGCGUCGGUGCUGCGGGGCGUGUACGCCUCCGUGUCGGAGCUGCCAUGCCUCAUGGCGAACCUUUCUCCCAGACGGCCUGAUGGAGGCUCCUUGCGCCUGGCCUCGCCCAUCGCGCAGGCGUCCUUGGCGCACGCGGCGGGCAACGCCAUGAGCUCCCGGGUGACACUUCCGGUAAGGAGGGUCAUGUCACCUGUGCGCCUGAGCCCCAGAGGUCAGAGCCCCCCGCGGGCUGUCAGCCCUUGGCAACCCUCCAUGGCAAGCCUAGCCACCAGUGCUUUUGGCUACCAUCCUGGACCUGCCUUGCCUGCAGGCUGUGUCUCCAUGGGGUCUCCAAGCUCCGCCUCACCUCGCACAUCGCCGAUGCGUGUGACGCAGGUGGUUGUGCACCCGGCCGUGGUCAUGCGCACGCACUCCCCCGGCGCGGCCGUGCGCGCACACUCGCCGGUGGCCGCGGUGCACGUGCCACGGGCGCCGUCGCCGGUGAGCCCUGUCAGAGCCGCCGCCAUGCAGCACAUGUACGCACCGCUGGCGUACAAGCCGCGCCCAUCUCUGCCAAAGACGAUGCAGACGGCGCACACGCAGCCGCAGCAGGUCUACAUGCGCCAGCCUCAGCCGAAGGUGGCGAGCGGGCCUUUGUCGCAGACGGCGAGAAAUUCCAACGCGCACGUGGUACUCCGUCAAGUUCUCGACAGGCGCACGCCCUCGCCGGUGCUCACAAGGCAUGAAACGCUUAUGUCCACCUGCCCGGUAUGGCAAUCUGCUCCACGCCAAGACUCGCCGCCGAUCGGUUACAACCGCAGCCCCAGCGAGCGCACGGCCAGCCCACUGACCUGGAGGACAGGCGCCCAGGAGAGGGUGCGACCCCGAGACCUCUCCGACACGGCGCGGGCGCUCUGCAAAGACACGCCGCAGACGUCGCCGCCGCAGAGUCGUCGGGGGGAGGAGUGGCCGGACCCCUUUUUGAUGGCCCACGGCUCUCCCAUCGCCUUGGCGCCCACCCCGGACCAGCCGGGGCCGGGCCCAACGCCACGGCUGCCGUGCCUGGCCAGACCGGAUCCGACGAGUGGGCCGAGUGGGCCGAGUGGGCCGAAUCCGAGUCGGGAGAGGACGCAGUCGGUGCUGGAGUCCCAGCCGAGCAUCACCUCCUCUUUCCUACAGGAGAACAGCCCUCCGUCCUCCCCGCCGCAGUACACCUCCGCCAAGCUGCUGCGGACCUCCUCCAGCCGCCGCCGCAACGUGUCCCCGGGGAGCAUGUCCGGCGUGCUCGUGGUGCCGCCCAGCCCGAGGGACCCCAACGGCGCGCCCCGCGAUCCCACGGAGCGCAACCAGCAGCAGCUCCUGCAGGACUUGCGGUCCAAGGGCGCAGCCGCCUCUCUGGGCCCCUCCAACACGGCCAAUGUCAGCAUCGCCCUCUUCGAACUGUUCUGCGCGGCGGUGAACGAGCCGUCAGUCCUGGAGCAGGUCUCCCAGGACCUGCAUCGCCGCUCCCAGCGCCGCGGCGAGCUGCGCUGGGACGACCUGGCGAUGAUGCGCCCAGUGCAGACCUUGGCGCGCAUGAUUGCGUGCACGCUCUCGGGGUCCGGGCAGCUCAAGGAGGAGGCCUUUUGGCAGAUCCUGGGCAAGGAGGAGGGCUACGUGGCUUGGUGGAAGGCCCUGAUGGCGCGCUACGGCCUGCACUGCUCCGGGGACACUCUGUCCAGCGCUGAGCUUAUGGACUUCCUCACCUGUGCCUGCCGCCUGCUUCGCGACUCCUUUGCCCCGGAGGCCUACCUUCGGAACCUCCGCACAGUGCGUUGCGGUGCCCAUCGGCUGCGGGACCGCUAUGAGAACUUUGGGCUCCUGUCCUAUGCCCGGUUCGGACGGACCUACAGGUGUCGAGGGAGACUCAGCUUCGAGGACCGGCAGUGCUUCCAACUGCGCAAGGAUCGCAUCCAUGGCCCAUCGGACCAAGUCCGUUCGGAGGCCGAGACGCUGCGCACCCUGCAGCAUCCGAACUUGCCCCGAGUGGUGGAAAGCUUCGAGGACUACAACAGCGUGUACAUCAUCUCCGAGCUGGCGGACAGCAUCCGCUUGCUCACCUUCGUGCGGUGCCGCUACGAGUCCAAGACCGAGAUCACCGAGGCGUGGCUGGCGCAGGUGCUUCGGCAAAUCCUGGACGUGCUGAGCUAUUGCCACCAGCUCAAGCCCCACAGCAUCGUGCACGGCGACUUUGGGAUGAAGAGUGUGGGCUUGGCAUCCAUCUCGGAUCCCGCCACCUCUCCACAUGUGAUCAUCCCAGACCUCGGCCUGGCGGGGGUUUUGUCCCCCCCCGGCAACCACGUGGCCAAGGUGACAUCAGCACAGCACCUCCGGCCAGAGCAAGACUCCUACACCCGGGAGUGCUGCAGCCCAAAGCAGGAUGUGUGGGCCUGCGGGUGUCUGCUCUUCAUCUUGCUCAGCGGCUGCGCGCCGCUGAAAGCCAACGACCUCUCCUUCGGAGGGCCCUUCACCGCCCCGGAGGCCUCCGGCCACCUCCGGGUGGACUGGUCCAGCUUGCGCCAUGCCUCGGCGCAAGCGGAGGCGCUCUGUUCUCGCAUGCUCGAGAGCAACCCGGCACAGCGGCCCACGGCCGCGGAGUGUUUGCGGUACCCUUGGCUUCAGGAGACCAACUUCUGCAAGAUGGUUCCCUUGCCGGUGCUGGACCGCCUGGUGAAGUAUGAUGCUCGGGUCCAUGAGAGCAAGGAGACGGUGGCUUCCGCCAUCUCGGACCUUAGCUCUAGGUCCCUGACCGUCGGCACGGGCACCUUCCCGCGGGUGGCGUUGCCGUCUGUACCACCUGGCGCGCGCCCUUCGGACUUGGAGAAGAUCCAACUGAAGCCCCUACUGGCGGCGGCUCCCUUGCUCCAGCUGGGCCUAUCGGUGCACAGCGUGGAAAGGAUCACGAGCACUUUCGAUCUGGACGGCUUGGGCACCGUGGCGCACGGUAGCUUCGUGAGGCGCUGCAUGGAGCUGGCGGAAGACCAAGUAGAUGCGGCCCUUUGGCGCAUCUUUGUUGCUGCAGAUGAGGACCACCGGGGUCUGCUUGGGGCAAGCAAGCUAGAGCAGGUCCUCGACAGCUGGGCUGCCUGUGGAGCUCAGGACACAGAGAUGGAAGGCAGCACCCGGGAGGUGUUGCGAGCAGCUCUGAACCCAGAGCUCACUGGGGAGGCAGUCCGCGAGAUUGCCCCGGCAGGCGGCGAAGUGAGCUUCGAAGCCCUCAAGGAGUUCGUGCUGCGGCGCCACGACGAAGCCUGCGCCCAAAGCGCCAAAGAGCUGGGAGUGGACAUCGAGGAUGGGCCUUAG